CUCUUGGCGGCGCUCUUGUGACUAUUUUAUUAUUAUUCUUCUGAAUUUAGAGUGGUUAUUGAAUAACGUUGAGUUAAUUAUUGUAAUUCGCAAAAACACAAAUUGUGACAUUUACUUACCAAACGAUUGGACAAAGCAAUUUUGAUUGCUGAAUUUCAAGAGAACCACAUCAAACAUGGACCAGCAAAAUUUGUCACCUAUGUGGAAAACAAUUGGUAUACCAAACAAUUUUCCAGUGUGUCGAACAAAAAUCGGCACCUGAAAAAAAUGCAUAGCCAAGCACUUGGGGGAAAAAAACAAAGCAUGUUAAAUGCCCACUUUGCUCUGAUAUGGAUAAAAUAUCAUUUGGAUCCCACGAAAAUUUGAUAGAUCAUUUGGAGCAGAUGCAUUCUUUGGUAAUCCAACAGUCUAGCCAUCAUUUUGCAAACAAGGAAGAUUUUGAGGCUUGGAGAUCUCUUUCCAACAGGAAUGUAGAUUACAUUUUAGAACGAGCAGUUAAAAUUGAUUCUGCUGAAGAAUAUAUUUAUUGUAACUGCAAUCGUAGUAAUACUAUAGGAUAUUUGAGUCCGUGUAGCCAACGAAAUAUGAAGAAGGGAGGCAGCAUUAAGAUAUCUGGAUUAUGUUCAUCAAGAAUUUCUGUUAAAAUUAACAGUUCUGGAGUGGCGGUCAAAUAUAUCGAGACACAUGUUGGUCAUAAUGAUGAACUUCAAUCUAAACGUCUCUCCAAUACUCAGCAGGAAAUACUUGCAAACAAACUUGUUGCCGGAGGAAUGAGUUCAUGAAGAUGCAAGUUUCAUGAAUGAAGGAAAAUUAGAGAGAAUGAAUAUUUUAACAAAAGGAGAUCUCUCAUAUAUCAUUCGAAAAUUUAACAUAAACAAACAGCAAAAUGCAGAUGAUAUGACAGCAACAGCCUUAAAAGUGGAAGAAUUGAACAGUCAAGAUGAAAACACUGUUUUCUUAUUCAAG